UCUCAGCUGCCUUGUCAGAACACUCUCCUGUGCUUAUUUCCAAAUAACUAAUUACGAGAUUAAGUGCGCUCUUGCAGGGGCAUCACACGCAGGGUCACUAAUAACUAGCUGACGGGACGGAGGAAGAAAGGAGAGAAAGAAAGAGCGGAGAAGGUGUUUGUGCUGGUUAUAAAUAAGGAGAUGGACAGCGCUGUUUUUGCAGCCCCUCUCGCAUUCCUUGCAUAAUAAUACCCUGUUGUCAAGAAGGGAGGAAGGAAGGAGGGAGGAAGGAGAGGGGAGGAAACUGCGCCGAAAGAAAAGCAACUGAUCCAGACAAGUUGAAUGCUCUGGAUUUAGGGGAAGCAGCGCCGAGAGGGAGGGUGGAGGUUUUUACUUUGUGGCGUGUAGCUUUAUUAUUCCUAUAUUUUAUUAUUAAUUACUUUUUUUUUCUCCUUUGGGCAUCUUUCUGACUUGUAGAAUAUAAACUGCUGUUGCAUCAAUAUUGCCGGAUCAUCUCUGAAUGGGCGUUAUCGUUGACAUUUUUUUUUCUUUUUUUUUUUUUUUUAGUCAUGCCACGUUUGAGAUUACGCGUGUGAUGGGCUGAGCAUACACUCAUCCACCUCCUGCUUUGUCACUCAGCUGCUGUCUGCCGCUCUGACCGGACUGACCGAAAAGUUACCGAAGUUCCUCUUCUACAGUUUCAAUUGGUUUUUUGUUUGUUUGAUUAUUUUUAGGAAUGCUCAGAUCUCUGUGGUCUUGACUUUUCCUCCAGUCCCCUCCUCUCCAAGCCUGUCCGCCGGUGGCGCGCCCCGCUCCAGCAUGCAGGACUGAGGUCUGAGGUAUGGCAUCGGCUGUGUUUGAAGGGACGUCGCUGGUCAACAUGUUUGUCCGGGACUGCUGGGUCAACGGGAUCCGGAGGCUCAUCAUCAGCCAGCGCGGGGAGGAAGAGGAGUUCUUCGAGAUCAGGACUGAGUGGUCCGACAGGAACGUUUUAUACUUGCACCGGAGUUAUUCCGAUCUGGGGCGGCUCUUUAAAAGGCUGGUGGAGUCUUUCCCAGAAGACAGAAGAGACCUCUCCAAGUCCCCUCUGAUAGAAGGGUUGGUGAAAAUCAAAGAGGCCAACGACAUUGAGGAGAAGCUGAACGAGGUGGAGAGACUACUGAAGAAUGCCAUCAACAUGCCAUGCAAGUAUUCCAGGUCAGAGGUGGUGUUGACGUUCUUCGAGCGGUCACCACUGGACCAAGUGUUACGGAAUGACAAAGUCCACAGAAUCCAGCCAUGCUUUCAGAGUCCAAUCAAGAUAUCAGAAAUCAUGCGAUCCAAUGGAUUUUGUCUGGCCAAUACGGAAACCAUCGUAUUUGACCACAGUAUUCCAGAAGAGAAGGAGAGACCUUCGUCCACUGACUCUGCAGAACACGCGUAUGAGGACGAAACGGAGUUUUUGCCAAUGGAAGCAGAUGUGUGUGACGAGGACACAGAAGCGUAUGUCACCAACCUGUCCUACUACCAUCUGGUCCCCUUUGAGACCGACAUCCUGGAAUGAGGAUUUAUCGAAAAGAUGCCGGUGGAUGGAAAUCCCAUUGAGAAACGCGCAACUAUGCAACGCUGCGUUUAGCUGCUCCAGUUCAAUGCUGCUUAUUCUUAGAGAAUGCACCAAAACAUUUGAGCACUGCUUUGUUUUCAUCCAGCUGAUGUGACAUUGCCAGCGUGCCUCAUCCAGAGCCUUACUUUCAUCUUCUGUUGCCUUCAGACUGAGUGCUAACGGCCUACGGGAGACGUGGCGUCGCCGUGGAGGUCUUCAGCCCUCCGCAACAUUUUCAAACAUGCUGCUCGGGCACUUUAAAAGAUUUGGAAGCUGUGGUUUAGAGUAUGACUGCGAGCGUCGGAACUGAAGUUUGGAAACAAUUGGACCAUUCACUGUUUUUCUGUUGAAUUUACCAGCAUACUUUAUUUGUCAUUAAGCUGCUUUUUGCAUCUUUUGUUGUCUUUGUGUUGAAACCUUUCGCUGAAGUGUUACCCUCAGUGUCGCCACCCUAGUGUUUGAGAGCUUUGAGGAUACAGACAUCAAGCUCUCUAUGAUAUUAUGGUGCAGUUUCCACCAGCAUUUAGCAAAUUCAUUUUUGUUUGUGUACAAAUUUAAAUCUCAUAGGAUGACUCCUACUUUGUUGCAGGUACAUGCAGUUGGUUUUUUGGCGCAAUAGUGCUCCAAGAGUCGAGUGAAACUAAACUACAGACAUGUACAGCUGCAGCUAAAUAUAAAACAGUGUUACAAUGAGUGAAUGUGGUAAAAUGACUAAGCUUUUAUGCUAUCAGGCUAUUGUUUGUUAGCAGAAGAAUUUCCGUUUUACUUGUUUCUUGUUUGAAAUUUAAAAAAAAAAUUAUUUCAUUGCAAUGCUCUCAUUCCAAAGUGUGAAUGUAACGCUGCCCUUUUUGGAUGUCUGUGAAUUUCUUUUUAGCAAUGUGUUGUCGAAACGGUGAAUUGUGUUAGACAUGCAACCUGUGGUUAAUGUUCGUAAACAAAAUAAUCUGAUGUAAUUUGAGGGGGUUGAAGACCGGCCAUUAUGCGGACGAGUGAAUCAUCUCACUGUUGCUGCUGCCGUCUAAUGAGCGAUAAAAGGGGGCAAAGAAAGCUUUGUUUGAAGCGUCAGUUGAGGUCAUUUCGGACCCGUUCUAUAAGAAGACAUGAGUGGGUUCAGUUCGGUCUGAGUGAACGUGGGAGUCCGAAGCUCGGCCUGUGACGGCGAAACAAGUCCUCUCUUUAUCUGAAAAAGACAAAUGUCCUUGCUGUACUAGAACUUUCUAAAGCAAAAGUUGUCUGAAAAAAGGCAAACACUUGAUUAAAAUUCCCGCCUUUGUAUAUUUCAUGGGCCACCGCUGUAAGUAGCGAGACUUUCCUUUCUGAAACUAGCACUCAGUGGAGCAUUGUAUGUGUUUUUAAUGCAACUGAAAGGCUAAAACUGUAUGUUUGUGUGAGGUUGGCUGUCGUUGGAUUGACAGUUUCAUCCCUGCAGCAGCCACCAUGGACCUACAAUGCAGUUUGACAGCUCGCGCCCACGUUUCUGCCCUUCUAAAUACAAAAGCACUCAACCCUCACAAACUUGGCACACGGGGCUGCACCAGAGAGGUCCUCCGCAUGAGUCUGUUUAGUAACACAGUCAUGAUCACGUUUCCCUCCCGUGAGAAAGUGCAGCUCUUUCACAGGGAACAGAAUCAUUUCAUGCUUAUUUUGUCCUUUUUUUUUUCUUUCUCCAAGUGUUUAAAAUAUUGUUGGAGAACUUGUCUCUCCCCUUUAUUUAGCAUUUGAUUAACAUGAUUCAGUAACAAAAAACUGGAAAUUCUCGUUCAAGUUUUUGUACCAAGGUUCAAACAAAAGUAGUUUUAUUUUAAUGAAAGUUCAUAUGAGUUCAUAUUUAAGGACAAUUUGCCUAUCUUGCAAGCUUGGUGCAUUAUUAAUAUUCUGCCACAGUCUCCAUGACUGAAAUGGUACUGAAUUUAAUGCAGUUGCAGUGAAAUUGUGAAACAUAUCAAUGUGCCCUAUUGUGCCAGCUGGGGAUGUUAAGAAGUCAAAUGAAGAAAGUAUGUAACAUGUAAUAUGAAAAUAAAAGUACAUUUUAUAUAUAAUUUAUUUUGUAAACAGCCACUCUGUGUAAAGCUAACCAUUUUAUGCCUUGUAAUGUAUUUUUUAGGUUUAUGUCAUAUGUGAGAUGGUGUGUAAAAAAUGUCAGGAUAAAGUUAAUGUUAAAUAUUGAAGAUAGACUAUGUGUUGUUAACUUUAAAGCUGUUUAGACUGUAUCAGAUACAAAUUAUCACUCUAAAAGCUUCUCAAAUGAAAUAAAUAUGUUUUCAAUAUAAAA